AUGGGCGCCUACCUGUCGCAGCCGAACACGGUGAAGAGCUCCGGGGACGGGGCUGGGCUUGGGCCGCGCCCGCUCCACUUCGGCUUUAGCGCCAUGCAGGGCUGGCGUGUCUCCAUGGAGGAUGCUCACAACUGCAUUCCCGAGCUGGACAGCGAAACAGCCAUGUUCUCCGUCUACGAUGGACACGGAGGAGAAGAAGUUGCCCUAUACUGUGCCAAGUAUCUUCCUGAGAUAAUCAAAGACCAGAAAGCCUACAAAGAAGGCAAAUUGCAAAAGGCCCUGGAAGAUGCUUUCUUAGCAAUAGAUGCCAAGCUCACCACUGAAGAGGUGAUUAAAGAGCUCUCCCAGAUGGCUGGGCGACCCCAGGAUGAUGAAGAUGAGAAGGAGAAAGUUGCUGAUGAAGAUGAUGUGGAUAAUGAAGAAGCUGCUCUUCUGCACGAAGAAGCCACAAUGACCAUCGAGGAGCUUCUCACACGUUAUGGACAAAACUGCACCAAGAACCUCAAAAACAAGUCCUUAGCUCCGGCCGCGGAGAACGCCGCAGAGGGGACAGGCAAGCAGAAUGAUGGGGAGUCAAAUAUGAAUGGAGAGGCUGACCCAGGGGAGCUUACCGACCACAAGGAGAGGAAGAAUGGGAAGCCAGAUGAAGAAAUCACGGGUAUUUCCUCCACCUCAGACAAAGCCAGCGCUGGAGGCAACAGCCCUGCUCCGCAGAAGCCUGAACUAGGCAAAGGUGACGAGGCCGUCACCUCUUCCACUGGGGAGGCCGGGCCCUCCUGCUCCUCCACGGGAAAGCCCCAGCGCACAGCCAAAUCCAAAUUUUUUGAGGACAGUGAGGAUGAGUCAGAUGAGGUUGAGGAAGAGGAGGAAGACAGUGAGGAAUGCAGUGAAGAUGAGGACGGUUACAGCAGUGAAGAGGCAGAGAAUGAAGAUGAUGAAGAUGACACUGAAGAAGCAGAGGAGGAUGAGGAGGAAGAGGAGGAAAUGUUGUUACCAGGCAUGGAGGGGAAAGAGGAGCCUGGCUCUGACAGCGGGACAACUGCUGUGGUGGCCCUCAUCCGGGGCAAGCAGCUGAUUGUGGCCAAUGCUGGAGACUCACGCUGCGUGGUGUCAGAAGGUGGCAAAGCCGUUGACAUGUCCUAUGACCACAAGCCUGAGGAUGAAGUGGAGCUGGCCAGGAUAAAGAAUGCUGGUGGCAAGGUCACCAUGGAUGGGAGAGUAAAUGGUGGCCUCAACCUCUCCCGGGCAAUCGGGGAUCACUUCUACAAGCGCAACAAGAAUCUGCCUCCAGAAGAACAGAUGAUCUCUGCCUUGCCUGACAUUAAAGUACUGACAAUAAAUGACGACCACGACUUCAUGGUUAUUGCCUGUGAUGGAAUCUGGAAUGUGAUGAGCAGCCAGGAAGUGGUGGAUUUUAUCCAGUCCAAGAUCACCCAAAAGGAUGAGAAUGGAGUCCUAAGGCCGCUGUCCUCCAUUGUAGAAGAGCUGCUGGAUCAGUGUUUGGCUCCAGAUACCUCAGGAGAUGGCACCGGCUGCGAUAACAUGACUUGCAUCAUCAUCAGUUUCAAACCCCGUAACACACACCCGCCUGCUGAGAGUGGGAAACGGAAACUGGAGGCCAUGGCCACACCAGCAGCACCAGCAGAGGAGAACGGCAGUGAGAACACCAAGAAAGCCAAGCUGGAGUAGCUGGCCUCGUGCAGGGACUUGGCUGCGCACUCACCAGACUCUUGUUUCUUAAAC